AUGUUGAAGACCCGCCAGGCGCGCCUCCGCAAGGGGGUGGCCGUCCUGUGCGCCACGCCCGGCCGCCUGGCGUACCACCUCGAGCACACGAGCGCGCUCGGCACCGACGGACUGCGCAGCCUGGUCCUCGACGAGGCGGACCGCCUGCUGGACAUGGGCUUCGAGCCGCAGAUCCGCGCCAUCCACAGGGCCGUGGUCGGGGAGCGCAGGGGCUCCGUGCAGACGCUGCUGGUCUCCGCCACCCUGUCGCCGGCGGUGAGGCGGCUGGCCGAGUGGCUGCUGAGGUGGCUGUACCAGUCUUUUCAGGAAUUUACCCUGACGGUGCAAGAUGCGACCGAGGAUGCAGUGCAGUGUUGCAUCCAGCUUCAGGAUAGCUUCCAAGCUGCGCAGGCGACUUCAGCCAAUAUGCCCUUCUUCGGCCACGAACUCCACGGUGUCGCUGGGCGUGGACCUAGCACCUGGUCAGGGGUUAUCGGCUAA